UUAUACUAUGCGAGGGUUAUCAAUCUUGCAGCUUGGCAUUCGUAAUUUGAAAGCAGCUUGAGCGAAAGUGAGCCUUGUGUAGGUUGAAAUUGGAUCUUUUCUGGAUUGUUACAUCGUUUGAGAAUAAAAUCACGUCGAAAAUUGCUACAAAAAGGACAGUUCUAAUCGGUUAUGUUUGUUCUAAAACUGAAGCUUUAUUCUUUGACAGCUAUAAUUGAUAACUGGUUAGUCUAAUUAUGUACAAAAGCUGAAGGCUUUCACCACAUCGAGCUAAGAUUAAACACGACAACGAAACUAAUACGGGCCGCAUUUGCGAAAGAUAUCUCGACCAUGUAGCACACAGGCGUCAGGCGAUGGAAAGUGUUUAAAAAAUGGCGCGCACUUCUCUUCCAAGUGCUUCAGUGCUGCCUCGUGGGAAAACAGACUCGGCGCGUGUGAGACAAGUUAAUUGAGCCGAAUUGGUUUUGCGACGCACUGUUGACAGCUAUGGAAUAAUCUUAUAUCAUCUUCGCUUCGGGAUCCAUUCAGUAUAUAUCUCGGUUUAAUUUUGGUUCAAUCAGUCGCAUAACGGUGAACGGAAUCUUCAAGGAAGCGCAAGAAAUUUGCUCUGACAAAAGACUGGCCGCCAUGUUGAAGGUUCCCACUCCACAUGCCGACGUGAGACGCGGCGACGCAGCUCUGGAGAUGCCAAACGACGGACGAUACGAAAAGCGUCGACGACUCGGAAGUUCGAUUUCAUCAAAGUUAUCAAUCCGACAAGCUGACCUGGAUCUGGAAGAAUUUCAACCUGUUGCGUUUUUUUGCUUGAAAAGAGAUAGCAAACCACGAAUCUGGUUCAUAAAACUCAUGUCUUGGCCAUGGUUUGAGCGAGUCAGUAUUCUGGUGAUAUUAGUCAACUGUGUCACACUAGGAAUGUACAAUCCGUUUGACAUGGAUUGUGUGUCCGAGCAAUGUCAAGUUCUCGAGAGACUAGAGACCGCUAUCUACGUUUUCUUUCUGGUGGAAAUGUUGGUAAAGUGGCUUGCAAUGGGAUUGUUCGGGAAAAAGGGGUACUUCAAAGACUCUUGGAAUAAACUGGACUGUUUUAUUGUAGCGGCUGGGACUUUUGAGCUGGCUUAUGGUGAAGGAGAGUACCUGAGUGCUGUUAGAUCAAUCAGGGUUUUGAGACCGCUUCGUGCAAUCAAUAGAGUUCCAAGCAUUCGUAUUCUAGUGACGCUUCUUUUGGACACCCUGCCAAUGCUUGGCAAUGUUCUGGCGAUUUGUUUCUUCAUCUUCGCCAUUUUUGGCAUCAUUGGUGUGCAACUUUGGCAGGGAUUGCUGCGGAGUCGAUGUUUUCCUGAUCAACUUAACGACACCAUUAUUGCCGAGAACAACCUAUCCGCUUUCUACAAACCUUCGUUUGACGAGCCGGAUUACGUGUGCUCGUUGCCUGAAAAUAAUGGCUUAUCAAAAUGCGACCAGAGUAACUUUGAUUACCACGACUUCAGUAGUCGCGAAUGCAACAACAGCAACGCCACAAAUUCUUCAUCGUCUCCCUGUGAAAACUGGCACCAAUAUUAUACAACCUGUCGUGACAGUGGAGUUAAUAUAUUUUGGGGGUCCAUUUCCUUUGAUAACAUUGGAAUUGCAACCGUCGCGAUAUUUCAAAUAAUUACAUUGGAGGGUUGGACGGAUAUCAUGUAUAAAAUCCAAGACGCUCAUUCCUUUUGGAAUUGGUUGUAUUUUGUUGUUUUAAUUCUGCUUGGUUCUUACUUUAUGACAAAUUUAUGCCUCGUCGUGAUCACGUCCCAAUUCCAGGAAACCAAGCAACGAGAGACUGAACUUCUUAAGUUAUCACGCAUGCGUUCUCGCGCCAGCGUCAGCACGCUCUCCUCCAGUUUCCUUCAGCAAGGCUGUUACACGCAGAUCUUACAUUACCUGGAGCACUUGUGUCGGAGGUUGGAACGUCGUGUAAGAGCGUGUUUGAAGAGAGAAAAGGCUCCGAAACGUCGGCGUGUGAGGCCUUGUAUGCAAUUGAAGAACCGUAAGGAUAACGUCAAGUCUAUCCAUCAUCAUCACCAUCAUUACCAUUACUACCACCACUAUGUCCAUCAUCGUCCAUGCCAAUGUCCCAGCGAAAUUUCCGACUCCCCGCCAACCACAAGCGAGCCUGCAGGCUCCGCAGAGGUGUCCAGCGGUGUAUCGCCACCUGCGGCCGACCACGCCGUGGGGAUAACGCAGGAUGUCCAGGAAUCGAGGAACGCUAAUGAAGGCAAAAGGAUAUUGGUGGUCCCGCAGAUACAAGUGUUUGCUCAGGCCGCCACUGCAUUGUAUACGGAUGCCGACACAAAUACGUCAGGAGAAAUGGUAUCCACGGCAACGGCGAAUAUUAAUAUGCAAGGUCACGGUUCGUCAGCUAGUGUCGUCACUUACAGCAAAACUGCUGAUCCGGUUUCGGUGGCAGCGCAGGCGACAACUAAAACCAUCGAAGCGGCGUGCUCGUGCGCGACCAAGCAGGCUGGCGAGGACAAUGUUCACGUAAUCACGAAGGCAUACUGGGAUUCAGCGGAUUCCUCCGACGAUAAUAUGGGACACAGCGAGACGAAAGGGGGUAACUCUUGUUGGGGGAAGUUUCGAGACAAAAUGAAAAUAUUAGUGGAAAGCGCGCGUUUCACACGCGUGAUCAUGGCGUCAAUAUUCCUCAAUACGAUUUGUAUGGCCGUCGAGCAUCAUGGACAGCCCGAGAAAAUGACGAACACUCUGGAAGUAUUCAACAUCUUGUUCACAACAAUAUUUGCGCUAGAGAUGCUUGGCAAAAUUAUGGCGUUCGGACCGUAUGGAUACAUAAAGGAUGCUUACAAUCUCUUUGAUGGAAUCAUCGUUAUCGUCAGUUUUACAGACAUCUUCGCGGACAAUGAAACAAGUGGUAUCUCAGUCCUUCGUUCAUUUCGCUUGCUUCGUAUUUUCAAGUUGGUUCGCUUCAUGCCUGCCUUACAACGCCAGCUCUCUGUCAUGAUCAAGACCUUGGACAACGUAAUGACCUUCCUGGCUCUACUCUCCUUAUUCAUCUUUACAUCAAGUAUCCUCGGGAUGCAUCUGUUCGGAGCGAAAUAUCGGUUUCCGGAUGAAGACGGUCAGUUGGUUACGUCACGUGCUAAUUUCGACACCCUGUUCUGGGCGGUGGUCACCGUAUUUCAGGUUUUAACACAAGAAGAUUGGAAUGUUGUUCUCUACGAUGGCAUGCGUUCCCUGUCGUCUUGGGCAGCCCUGUAUUUCAUCUUUCUUAUGAUUAUUGGAAAUUAUAUUCUCUUCAAUUUGCUUGUUGCCAUUCUUGUUGAGGGGUUUGCUGACCAUUCGGAAAAUGAACGACUAUCUCUGAAGAGUGAGAGAGACCAAAACGCCACCUUCUAUCUAUCACCAAAACUCCGCCGGAACCGGCAACAAGAAAAACCCGAUAAAGAAUUGGCGCUUUCUUGGCCCAACAUAAAUACCUUAAUGCGCGAUGGUGAUUUGGAAACAGAGCAGAGCUUAACGAGAUGCAAUUCCGCCCCAGGGAUGAAGACCCGGUCACCAAAACCUCAACGCUGUAAUUCGUAUUUACACGUUCUUACAGUUGAUGCAUUGGAGUCUGGGCACUCGACUGAGGAGUCUGGGAAGAAUGAAAGAAAAAGGUGCACCUCGCCUGAAGAUGAGGAUAUCUCACUUGUCAAGCAAGCGGGUCAAGAUGGCUGCUCUGUGAACCAUAAUCGAAACUCUUUUUUCAAACGGCGUGCAUGUUGGUCUCUGUAUCUAUUCUCACCAGAAAACAGGUUCCGUCAACUAAUGGUCAAGUUUCAUAAUCAUGUCUGGUUUGAUCGUGUCGUUCUUUUCUUCAUAUUAUUCAACUGCGUUGUUAUGGCAUUGGAAGAACCUGGUCUGGACAAAAAUAGCAAGACCGCCCAUUUUAUCUACAUCACACAGUAUAUUUUUACGGCGAUAUUUACUAUUGAAAUGUCGAUAAAGGUGAUAUCGUUAGGGCUGAUCAUUGGGUCGACGGCGUACCUGAAAUCAGGGUGGAAUGUAAUCGAUGGCGUGUUGGUCCUCUUCUCAUUGGUCGAUCUUGUCGUCUCCUUGACAACGGACACGCAAAGUGGCAUUCUGGGAGUAUUGCGUGUCUUCCGCGCGUUCAGGACACUCAGACCUUUACGUGUCAUCAAUCGAGCUCCUGAACUUAAAUUAGUCGUUGAAACAUUGCUGAGUUCUUUGAAACCAAUUGGAAAUGUCGUUUUAAUCGCUGCCACAUUUUUUACCAUUUUUGGAAUCUUAGGAGUUCAGUUGUUCAAAGGAAAGUUUUACUCGUGUGAUUUGGAUGAGAAGUCUACCAUUGAAAUAAAGAAUAAAUCUCAGUGUCUUUCAAACUCAGGAAAAUGGGGGAACAACGAAUAUAAUUUUGAUAACUUGGCUCGAGCAUUGUUAACACUCUUCGUUUUCGCGACAAGAGAUGGCUGGGUGUCGAUAAUGUACUCUGGGGUCGAUGCUGUUGGAGUCGACGAACAGCCACAAAGAGAUCACUCGAAAUGGAAUGUCCUGUACUUUGUCGCGUUUCUUCUGCUCGCUGGCUUCGUUGUUCUCAACAUGUUGGUCGGUAUCGUGGUCGAAAACUUUCACAAAUGUCGAGACGAACUUUUGAAAGAGCAAAACUUGCAUAAAGGUGAAAAAACAGAGAUGGAGGACAGGCCAAGAAGUAACUCGAUUUCAGAUAUUGAUUACGGAUCGUUUCCACCUUGGAGGCAAAAGAUGUUCGUGUUUGUGACUCAUGAUUAUUUUGAUUUGGCCAUUGCCGUUGUGAUUGCAAUCAAUGUGCUGUGUAUGGCGAUGGAACAUUAUCAACAACCUCAGAACCUGACCUUAUUCCUCAAGUACGCCAAUUAUGUGUUCACCAUCUUGUUUAUUAUCGAGGCUAUUUUAAAGAUACUCGCUCUGGGAAUGAAGAAUUACUUCAGGAAUAAGUGGAACACCUUGGAUAUGAUCAUCGUAAUACUCUCAAUUGGUGGGAUCAUUUUAGACGAACUUGCCACGUCCAACCUUCCGAUGAAUCCAACAAUCAUCCGCGUCAUGCGUGUGCUGAGAAUCACCAGAGUUUUAAAGCUCUUGAAAACGGCAGAAGGAAUUCGUUCAUUGCUGGACACCGUUGGAAAAGCUUUACCGCAAGUUGCAAACCUUGGCAUGUUAUUUCUACUUUUGUUCUUCAUAUUCGGCGCCUUGGGGAUGGAAUUGUUUGGAAAGAUUUCUUGCGAAAAGGUUGAAUGCGCAGGUUUAGACAGACAUGCGCACUUCAGGAACUUUGGUUACGCUGUGCUAACUUUAUUUCGCGUGUCGACUGGGGACAACUGGAAUGGAAUCUUAAAGGACACAAUCGAUUCUAAACGAUGCGAUACAGGAGAAAUUGAGGGCUGUGAAAUCAUUCAAAACAUUGCUCCAAUCUACUUCGCGUCAUUUGUCCUGAUCACUCAAUUCGUGCUUCUGAAUGUUGUCGUUGCGGUCAUGAUGAAGCAUUUGGAGGAGUCCAAAAUCGACGAAGGUAAAACGGUUAAGAACCAGUCUCCAAGAACGCCCAGGCUGUUUCUCGGAACACCGAAUACCCCCCGGAGAUCCAAGAGUUCUCCCAGGAUCUUAAGAGGUUCCCAGUCAUCGUUUCGUUCGGGAAGAAGCGAAACUGGUAUUUUGAAAAAGAAGGGAUCUCCUAACUCGGGCAGCGGUCAGCGUCGGGCAAAAAGUAUGGACGAAAUCAGGAAUAAUAAUAAUGCUUUAAUUUUCCAUUCUGGGUCUGAGUCUGAUAGUUAUAUUGACGAUACAAUACUAAGGAAAACACCGAGAGUGAUCACUGCGGAUUUGAGGCAAAGGAAACCAUCUUUAGAACACGAGCAUUCUCAUGAAAUGGUUAAAAUUGAGAAGGAAACAACCUCUGCCAAUUCUAAAAGUUCCACGCCUGCUUUGGAAAUUGUUGAACUGGAUGAUCGCGUUCCCUCGGUAGCAUUCGUUAAAUCCUCGGAAAGGCUUGCCAAAUCCAUGGAGAAACUUCCGAAAUCCUCGGAAAAUCUCGUGGAUCACUCGACAUCAUUCAUUGAACCAUUUACAAGUAACUUGGAAUCUUUGUCGAAGCCCUCGGAACCAGCCGUGAAAUGCCCAGAGAAUCAGCCGGGGAACCCAGACGAACCACUCGUGACACCAUCGAUACCUUUCGUGGUAAACUUAGAGGAUGGAAAUGAUUCAGAAAUUGAUGGAAUGAGAAAUAAAGAAAUGCAGGGAAAGGAUCUCGUUCAAAGCGAUGCUGACCCCCCUGUAGGUAUUAGUAAAGAAAGUAGAUCUGGACCUCGAGACGGGGAAGGAGGGAAGAAACAUAUGACGAAGAACGGACACUUGGGAAAAAGUGGUGAUGGAGAGAAAUUUUCAAAGGAAAAUAAAGAAGAGAAAAAGAUAGAUAAUGCGAAAGAAAAAUUGUUGAAGGAAGAUGAAAUAAUGAAGAAGGAAAAUAAAGUGCAAGAAAAGUUGUCGCAGGAGAAUAAAGGAAGAAAGAAAACAGAUAAUGUGAAAGAGAAGUUGUUGAAGGAGUGUAAAGCAAUGAAAGAUGAGGAUGAAAAGUUGCAUGUUGCGAGAGCAUUAGAGAAGACGGGAGAGCAAAAGAAGGUAGUGGAAGAGGGAAUGAAGAACGAAAUUGAAGAAGAUGGGCUGAAGAGUGGUUUGGAAGAAUGGUUGGAGAACAAGGGAAAUAUUGAAUCGGACAAAUCAAAGGAUGUUGGUCGAGAACAAGGUAAUGUCACGAACAGUAAACAUGAAACUAAAGAUGAUAAAAUUAAAGGCGGUGAAACACUCCAGAAGGGAGAGUGUGUAGGUAAAGAUGGUGCUUUGAAUGUGGAGCAGAAUUUAAGGCAAGAAAUUCGCAGAGAUACCUCAACCCUGGAUUUAGAUCAAAAGAAAAGACAGGAGGAGGAACAGGACUUGAAAACUGAUGGGAAACAACGGGAGAGAAAAGAGAAAAACAAAGAAGAUGAACCUUCAGGGUUAGACAAGAGACCUGAAGUGAACUCGAUGGAUAACCUGGUAGAAAUCCAGGAUGUGAAUAAGGAACAUUUCGGGUUGGAUGUUGCAUCGCAGCCGAAGGAUAAUAAAAGACAAAGAAGGGAGGUGAAGAGUGGAUCUCAAGAGAACUUAAUUGAUAGAACCAUCGAGGAAGCUGAUUCACACGAAGAAGAAGGAAACACAAGAAAACGCUUUCAUGGUAUUCGGCUGGAGCCAUUACCAGAUAAUGUGACAAAAUUAACACCUCCAGGGAGUGUUGUUUGAAUGAUUAUAUCAGGCGCUGGCGCACGAUAAAUAAGAAAAAUUUAUAAUUUGGCAUACCAAAGAUUUGGGGAGGGGGGAUGGGUGUUGUUUGGGGGGGUCACAUAUCGAGUGCAUAUACUCUAUUGAUCAACUUAGGUUGAUUAAAAAAUUGAGACUAUUCCCAGUUGGGAAGUAUUUGAACAUAAUAUUCGCUGUCUUGCACGACAAAAAAAUUAUUAUAUCUUGCAAUAACCCGGAAAACUAUUAUUUAUAAAAACAGUUUGAAUCGCAGUUAGUUUAGAAAAUUGACUAUAUCAUGGAUAGUUUUAGAUGAUUUAAGAUAUGAAUAUUUUAUAUUAAAUGUGACGUCACUUUU